AUGGCUCACCUCCUGCGCGGCAAGCAGGCGGGCAUCCAGAACGACCUCUCUGCAGGCCUCACCGCCGACCACUUUCAGAUAGACGACAUCCGUCGCUACGGCAUUAACUCACAAGUCGCAAAAAUCGCCUUCGACCCCGUCCAGUCGCUCCUCGCCGUCGGCACAAAAGACACGCAGUUCGGCCGCGGUCAGAUCUACAUUUUCGGUGAAGGCCGCGUGAGCGUCGUCUUCCAGCUGCCCACCAAAGCCUCGGUCGAGGAACUCCAGUUCUGCGCCGACAAGCUUGUCUGCUUGGAUUCCAAACAUGACCUCUCCAUAUUCUCGCUGGAGACCAAGAAGCUGGUGCGGUCCUACUCGCCGCCUGGCACUGUGACCGCCUUGCACACGGAUCCAUCCAUCGAUUAUGCGAUGCUGGGCAUGCAAAACGGCGACGUCCUCGUCUACGACCUCGACCGCGAAUACCUGGCUCCUUUCAGGAUACCAUACUUCUGGAAAGAAUACGACACCCGUGCUCGCAUCUCCCCCGUUGUCACGCUUUCGUUCCACCCCCGCGACAUUGGAAAACUGUUGAUCGGGUACAGCAAUGGCGCGGUCGUAUACUCGUUCAAGCAGAAUGCGCCUCAGAAGUUCUUCCAUUACCAUCUUCCACAGGGUGCACCUGGAGGAGACUCGGACCCAAACUGCGUUAGCAUGGCGAGGAGCCCCAGGUUAACCCAGGCUUUAUGGCAUCCCACUGGAACCUUCAUCUUGACCGGCCAUGAGGAUGGCAGCCUUGUCAUAUGGGACCCCCGGGAUGGCAAAGACCCCAAAAACAGCCGCAUCAUCAUGGCCAGGACUCUUCAAGACACGAACGUCAACUUACCUGGUGCUGGCGCCACCACUACUGGCCUCACUCCUGAGACCUUUGCCGUCAAGGUGCCAAUCUUCCGUAUUGCUUGGUGUGCGAACCAGGACCCGGAUGACACGGGCAUCUUGGUUGCAGGCGGUGCUCCUACAAAUCUGCCCACGAAGGGCCUGAACUUCUUCGAGCUGGGCAGGACCCCCGUUUAUCAGACGUCAUCUUGGCAGAUCCUUGCCGAACACUUCGAGAACCCCAAGCGACAGCGCAUCCUCCCAACACCUCCCAAUGCUGAAGUUGUUGAUUUUUGUUUGAUACCCCGCAGCUCGCCUCACUUUGCAGGCGCCCAAGACCCGAUUGCCGUUCUUGCCCUGCUCUCCUCCGGAGAGAUUAUAACGUUGAGCUUCCCUAGUGGUCUACCUAUCACGCCUACGAACCAGCUUCACCCCUCUUUGACUUUCAUCCAUCCGUUCAUCAACCACUUUGCUCUUGCCCCCAUCGAGCGGACGAGAUGGCUCGGCAUGACCGAGAGUCGGACCCAUGGUCCGGCAAUAAUGCAAGGUGGCGUUGCGGCCAAGCACCCUCUCAAGCGUUUCGAGAAUCGCAACGUCGUUCAAACCGCUCAUGCAGAUGGUACGAUCCGGCUGUGGGACGCCGGCCACGGUGACGAAAUCGAGAAUGAAGCUGCUCUUCAAGCAGAUUGCGCUCGUGCCGUGGGAAGACAAGAAGGCAUCGAGGUUACGAAGUUGUCCUUAGCUGGUGCUACGGGUGAACUCGCUGUCGGCCUCCGCAGUGGCGAAGUCGUCGUGUUCCGCUGGGGAACGAAUCCAAAGGUUGGCACAGAGCCGACUCCGCCAGAUCCUAACACGCCAAAGGCGCUCACCAACAUCGUUUCGCGACGUGAUCCUGCUCUAAAGGAGGGUCUCCUUCCAUUCACUCUCCUGGACGAGCAGAAUGGACCUGUCACUACGCUGAAACUGGCUGACAUCGGCUUUGUUGCUGCUGGUUUCGAGGGCGGAAGCCUGGCCGUGAUAGAUCUGAGAGGGCCUGCUCUCAUCUACCAAGCCAGCAUGCAGGAGUUCAUCAAAGCAGACAAAAGGAAGAGCUUGCGGAGAAGCAGUGCGACAGCCACACCGAAGCUGGAGUACCCAACAUCCAUCGAGUUCAGUGUCAUGACGCUGGAUGGUGAAGAGUUCUCUAGCGCGCUACUUCACGUCGGUACAAAUUUAGGUCACCUCGCAACGUUUAGGAUGCUUCCCGGGGCCGACGGCCGCUACAGAUGCGAGUUCAUAGGUGCAGUGAUGCUCGAUGACAAGGUUAUUCGCAUCGCUCCCAUUUCAGCAGACUCCGGGGCCCCUGCUUUCGCCACGCAGCGAGCUUUUGCCGGACUGCGUGAAGGUAUCAAGGUCAAUGGUGUCCUUGUCGCCGUCACUCAAUCUGGUGCUCGCGUGUUCAAGCCAGCAACAAACAAGGGCGCACAUAAGUCCUGGGAUGAGUUCCUCUGCGACAAUGCCGCCAUUACCCGCUAUGAGGACCAGGGCUACGCGCUUGUCGGCCUCUUCGGAGAUGGUUGCGCCAAGGCUUACAGUAUCCCAGCCCUUAAGGAGAUCGGUUCGACCAACAUCUCGCACGUCAUGGAUGUCCGCCGCUUCGCAGACGCAACCAUCACGGCUUCUGGUGAUAUUCUUGGCUGGGUUGGUCCCGCAGAGAUGGCCCUCAUCAACGUUUGGGGAAUCGGCCAGUACCUCGUUCAAAAGAAUGAUGAUGCGCUCUACAACCCCAACAUGGUGAUCCCGCCCCGCCCGACCAUCAGCAACAUGCAAUGGAUCAGCGGCUCGCAGCAUGUCACACCCGAGGACAUCGAUCUGCUCAUCGGCGGGCCGGACCGGCCCCCAUCCAAGCGCGAGAUCGCGGCCGCACGUGACGACCAGCGCCAACGCCUGGAGGAAGAGCGUGCCGCCAAGAGGAAUGCGGCCGAGUCGUCUGCGGCAGCGGCGGCGGGUGGCGCCGGCGCGGCAGAUGGGAGCGAUGGUCAGGAAGGUUACUGGGCGUAUCUAUCGCGGCAGAUGAACGAACGCACGGAGAAACUGAACAUUAUGGGCGACAAUAUGGAAAGGCUGCAGGACAACUCGGCAGGCUUCGCUUCGGAUGUGCAGAAAUUCGUGGCGAAGCAAAAGAGGGGGAUGGUGAUGGGGGCGGUGAAGAGUAAAUUCGGUUUCUAA